UCGCUUUUGGUUACGCUUAAAACGAAAUGUUAGCCGGAGCCGGGCCUGGCAGCCCACGACUCUUCUCCGUUCUUGAACCAAUCGAGCAGCUCACCGGAAACCAAUCAAGCGGAAGCUUCUCUGGCCGGUGACGGUGAGCAAAGUUCAAAAGCAAAACGCAGUUUUUUUCAAUUCUGAACGCGUCACUUCACGCCGAUCACAGCCGUGGUACGACAGCAACUGGCAACAGACACAAUGGCCACAUCCUCUCUCGCUCGCCGCCCUUGAGUUCUUGACCAAAGGCAACUCUCACCAAACCACACGCACAUCGCUGCGACGUCCCGACUCGAACGGAGCCACCCGGACCCGGCUCCGCGUACCUGACCACGCUGCCCGUGACUUAUCGGGUACCGAGCCUUAAAGCUUACGUGACAGCGAGCUCGGUUUGCUGGCGUGUUCUCUCUCUGCGCGGCCGGCCCGGCAAACUCCCUCUGGUUUCUGAUGAUGGGUGUAUCGCAAGCUGCCGCUGUCGUGGUGGUCAUGGCGUUGGCCGUCGCGGUCGCGUUGCCGGCGUCGGCCUUCCCGUCCGGCUUGCCGCCUGGGGCGCCACCGUUCCCGAACCCGUGGGCGGCGUUCCAGAACCUCUCUGGCUGUCACAUGGGGGAGGAGCGGCAGGGCCUGGCGGGGCUCAAGGACUACCUCAGCCACUUCGGCUACCUCCCGCCGCCGCCGCCGUCGUCCCCGUUCAGCGACGCGUUCGAUCAGGACCUGGAGUCCGCCAUCGCCACGUACCAGCGCAACUUCGGGCUCAACGCCACCGGCGCGCUGGACGCGUCCACCGUCUCGCAGAUGGUCUCCCCUCGCUGCGGCGUGGCCGACGUCAUCAACGGCACGUCCACCAUGGCCAAGAGCUCCAGCUCCUCGGCGGACGACGCCCACGGCAGGCACCUGUACGCCUACUUCGCCGGCGAGCCGACGUGGCCGCCGUUCCGGCGGGACCUCAAGUACGCCAUCACCGCCACGAGUGAGACGUCCAUCGACCGGUCCACGCUGAGCGACGUCUUCGCGCGCGCCUUCGCCCGGUGGGCCGCCGCCACCAACCUGCGGUUCGAGGAGACCGCGUCGGAGUCCGACGCCGACAUCACCAUCGGCUUCUACGCCGGGUCGCACGGCGACGGCGAGCCGUUCGACGGGCCGCUGGGCACGCUCGCGCACGCCUUCUCGCCCACGGACGGCCGGUUCCACCUCGACGCCGCGGAGGCGUGGGUGGCCGGCAGCGACGUGUCGCUUUCGUCGACGUCCGGGGCGGUGGACCUGGAGUCCGUGGCGGUGCACGAGAUCGGACACCUCCUGGGGCUCGGCCACUCCUCGGUGCCCGACGCCAUCAUGUACCCGACGAUCAGGACGGGGACGAGGAAGGUGGAGCUGGAGGCCGACGACGUCCAGGGGAUACAGAGCCUGUACGGGAGCAACCCCAACUUCACGCCGACGUCGCCGGCGACGAGCAGCCGCGAGAUGGACAGUAGCGCCGGCGCGGGAUUCCGACCGGAUGGAGUCUUCGUCGGAGUAGUUGCGGCAGUUGGACUGCUCCUAGUCAUAGUGCCGUAGCCCGUAGUAGACCUCUAGUGCUUGUCAUUUUUGCCACGUCCUUCGUUACAUCGAUUUCUUGCUCGAUUAGUUGAUUCUUGGAUAGAUUCGUGUGUACAUACUGCGAUUACUAGUACAGAAAUACAGAAUAAUACGGUACUUUAGUUCA